AUGGCUGAACUUGCGACUGAUGACGAUCUUUUAUUAUGUCAUAAUAUGGAGCUCAUACAAACACUAAAAGAGAGCGGAAUUGCCAAUGAUGAUGAACGCAAAGAGCUUAGCAAGAAGUUCGACUCAGUGUACUUUAGCAAGAAUACAGACAAAGUUGCUCGUCUGGCAGUCGGCGCGGUUAUUGAGGCUCUCAUGACCUUACAUCGAGGGGAUGUGCGUAACGCCUUUUGCCUCAUCCGUCCUCCUGGGCAUCAUGCGAUGCUCAAAGAGCCGUGCGGCUUCUGCAUUUUCAAUAACGUUGCAAUCGGUGCUAAGUAUGCUAUUGAAAGGCUGCAUUAUCGUCGGCCUGUGCUGAUGUAG